AUGGCACCUGUUCAGAAGAAAAAGCAGCAGCAGCAUCAGCAGACGACCUUGUCUACCUUCUUCAAGGUCCCUCCACCGUUACCCAGUCCUGUAGCCAGUACCAGCUCACCGAACCAACCCAGUGAUGAGGACGAUGUGGUUCGGCCUGCCGCCAAAAGACGAAAGAUCACUCCUGUCCCUCAAGAUAAGAUUGGACCAAGCGAGGAGGUUGCUGAAGAGAGCGAAGACAACAAUCGGACACUGCGACCAGUAGUGGCAAAUGGUCAAAGGACCUCAACACUCUCUACACAAAGAGCGUCAGACAGAACUGCUAAAUACAUCUUCUCGUCACCUUUGCAAGAGAAUCAAGAACCAGAGGACCCGAAUAGUCCCGAAAAACAGCGCAAGGAUGAACUGCAUCGUCGUUUUGUCAAGAAACUAGGCAAACCCGACAGCAUUGCCGAUAUCAAGAGACGCAACAAGCUGUUGGAGGACAAUGCCGAAGAACAGGAGGAAGAUGGUGACGAGGAUGUUGCGGAAGAGAUUCCCAAACCGAACUCCCGGGCAAAAGGUGGUGCAAAGAAAGGUGGCAGCAAACUUACACCUAUGGAAAAGCAAGUCAUUGACAUCAAGAAGAAACACAUGGAUACUGUCUUGGUGGUUGAAGUGGGAUAUAAAUUCCGCUUUUUUGGUGAGGAUGCACGCAUUGCAUCCAAGGAACUGAGUAUUUUCUGCAUUCCUGGCAAAUAUCGCUUUGAUGAACAUCCAUCGGAGGCUCAUUUAGACCGCUUUGCUUCUGCAAGCAUUCCAGUCCAUCGUCUCCAUGUUCAUGUCAAGCGUCUGGUAUCAGCUGGACACAAAGUCGGGGUCGUUCGCCAACUCGAAACUGCGGCACUCAAAGCUGUUGGCGAUAACAGAAACACGCCAUUUGUACGCAAACUCACGAACCUUUAUACCAAAGGUACAUAUAUCGACGAUAUCGAAGGCCUCGGGGAAGAUGGAAGAGGAGGUCCGGCUAUGCAAUCACCCUCUACUGGUUACCUGCUUUGCUUGACAGAGGUCAAUGUCAAAGGUCAAGGCAAUGAUGAAAAAGUACAUGUUGGUCUCAUUGCUGUUCAACCUGCCACCGGGGAUAUUAUCUACGAUGACUUUGAGGACGGCUUCAUGCGUAGUGAAAUCGAAACCCGACUUCUUCACAUUGCACCUUGCGAAUUUCUCAUCGUUGGCGAGCUCUCCAAAGCCACCGAAAAGCUAGUGGUGCAUUUGUCUGGAAGCAAGACAAAUGUGUUUGGCGACAAAAUCAGAGUUGAGAGGGUAGCAAAGGAGAAAACAAUUGCGGCACAGGCUAAUAACCAUAUCUCGACAUUCUAUGCUGAUCGAUUGAAUGAUUCGCAGUCGGAAUCAGAAAAGGCGGGCAAGAUCUUUGACAAGAUAUUGGGUCUGCCAGAGAAUGUAUCAAUUUGUCUGUCAUCGAUGAUCACUCAUCUAUCCGACUAUGGUCUUGAGCACGUUUUCCAGCUAACCAAACACUUUCAACCAUUCUCUGCGCGAUCACAUAUGUUAUUGAAUGGAAACACGCUGACAAGCCUGGAAAUUUAUCAAAACCAAACCGACCACUCAACGAAGGGAAGUCUAUAUUGGAUGAUGAAUCGUACUCAAACCAAAUUUGGAGGACGAUUGCUUCGUAAAUGGGUCGGUCGUCCUUUACUGGACAGAAAAUUGAUCGACGCACGUCUGAACGCUGUUGAGGAACUACUUGAUCCUGAAAAAACUGUUCUUGCCGAGAGAUUGAGGCGCGUUCUUUCGAAGGUGAAGAUCGACUUGGAGAAAAGUUUGAUACGGAUAUAUUAUGGUAAAUGUACAAGGCCAGAACUUCUCAAUGUUUUGCAAUCAUUGCAGUCACUUUCCAGUGAAUUCGCCCAUAUCAGUGAUGCAAACUCCACAGGGUUUGAUUCUGAUAUAAUAUCAGAAGCUAUGAUUUUGCUGCCCUUGAUACUUCCUGAAGUAUUGGGUUAUCUGAACAAGAUAAAUCUUCAAUCCGCAAAAGAAGACGACAAGUACAACUUCUUUCAAGAAGAGUACGAGACAGAUGCUAUCAGUGAGCAUCGCCUGGGCAUCAUUAGUGUCGAACACGACUUGGAUCAGUUUCGCACGACCGCCGCUGAACGGCUGGGGAAGAAAGGGGGGAUAAAAUACAAUACGGUUGCAGGAAUCGACUAUCUGAUCGAGGUCGAAAACAGUUCCGCAACAAUCAAAAAGGUGCCAGCAUCAUGGGCAAAGAUAUCGGGCACCAAGAAGCUCUCGAGAUUUCAUCCACCUGAAGUUGUGACACUCAUUCGCGAACGAGAUCAACAUAGAGAAAGUCUGGCUGCGGCAUGUGACGCAGCAUACAAAGAUAUGCUGGGCGACAUCAGCACGAAGUAUCAGGUUUUCCGUGAUACGAUACAGGGUCUCGCUACUCUUGAUUGCUUAGCAUCUUUGGCGAAUGUGGCUUCUCAACCGGGUUACAUUCGGCCAACAUUUACUGAUGGAACUGGUGUUGAAAUAGAAGGAGCCCGUCACCCCAUGGUCGAGCAAAUCCUGAUCGACUCCUACGUACCGAACAACAUCAAUCUGUCUCAGUCCACUAAUCGUGCACUACUGGUCACUGGGCCCAACAUGGGAGGCAAAUCAUCAUAUGUCCGCUCCGUCGCCCUGAUAGCCAUCAUGGCUCAAAUCGGGUCCUUCGUCCCAGCGACAUCUGCCACUUUAGGCAUUCUUGAUGCGGUCUUCACUCGCAUGGGUGCCUUUGACAAUAUGAUGUCUGGCGAAAGUACCUUUAUGGUCGAACUCAGCGAAACGAGCGAUAUCCUCAAGCUCGCUACAGAUCGCAGCCUGGUCGUGCUCGAUGAGCUCGGCCGCGGCACAAGCACCCACGACGGCGUUGCCAUUGCCGCAUCCGUCCUCGACUAUCUUGUCCGGGACCGCAAAUGCCUCACCCUCUUCAUCACGCAUUAUCAAAUGCUGGCGCGCAUGGCGAAUGGCUUUCCCCAUGGGGAAUUGAAGAACGUCCACAUGCGCUUCACUGAGGACGACGAAGAAGGAAGCGACAACGUUACAUUUCUCUAUGAAGUUGGCGAGGGUGUCGCACAUCGUAGCUACGGUUUGAACGUGGCGAGACUGGCGAAUAUCAGCCAGAAUGUCAUCGACGUUGCAAGAGAGCGGUCUGCGCUGCUAGAGCAAGAGACGAAGGUCAGGCAGAUGGGUGCGUUGGCUGGAUGGUUAUGUCCGUCAGAGGAUAAUGAUGAGGCACAUCAGAGUGUUAGCGCGGAUAGGCUCGACGCGUUGGUCGAGGGGAUUGAGAUGCUUUGA